UUCAGUGCAAACAAAUCGUUCGGACGGUUGUUGUUGUUUUCUCGCAUUGAAAACUGUAAAAAAUCGUCCCAAUUCGGACUGGAAAUCUCGUUUUCCGGAGUUUUUAUUUUAGAAUAAGUGCAAAAUGACGUCGAGUCACACCAUCCGACAGAUGAUAAUCGACGAAAAUAUACCAAAAUUGGUGAAAUCGUUGACAGGAUUCAAUGAAAACGAUGAAAAUUUCAAAUUAUGUGAAACAUAUGCAUUUUCUCGUGUAGCCAGCCAUCGAUUUCUGUCGGUAAAUAGUCAUGAGGUGCGACGUCGAAUUGAUGGCGUCGCCGAACGAUUUAUGGCCGAUAAUUAUACACAAUACGGCGAACGAUUGAAACAUUUGGUGCAAGAGUUUGUAAACGAUCCACUGUGUACAAAUCACUAUGAAUAUGACAUCCAAUGGAGUUUGCUGCAAUUUUUAUUGGAUGUGUCACGAAAUCCGGUGGCCGCAUUAUCGGAAAAUAAAAACGCCAUCAAAAUGGAUGAUUCGGGUAAUGAUGAGGAUUUGGAUCGGCGACGAUCAUCAGCUAUGCGCGAUUUAGUUCGAUCAUUGAUUAAACAGGAUGAUACAAAACAAUAUCAAUCAAAGGAUGGCGAAUCGGACUUGAGCGAUUGGUCCGAUGAUGAAGAUGAGGGUGCUGUUGGUGAUGCCAGUGCAAAUACAAGCAACGACUCUCUUCGAACGGAUGUCAAACCAUUGCGUUUAACCCUUCAACCAUUUGCAAGGGAUAUCUUACGUCCGCCGGAAAAAAGGUCAAUUUUUACUGAAUUCGAUGCGUCUAAAUCGGAAGCAUGGCGAAUUAAAAACGUUCAAAAUCCAUGGUGGCAAUCGGAAGCACCGGCUAAUAGUACGUCUGUUUUAUCUGAAUGGUGUUUGCAACGUGAGAUAAUUUGGAUGCUUCAAAUGCAACCGUUAGAUGACAUUGAUGUGGAACGUCUGAAAAAAUUCUCGAAAUUUUUUACUUUGGACACAACCACCGAUGAAUUUAGUGUGAACACAAAUGUUACGCUGAACAGUACAUCGGUUGAUGGUCUUCAGCAAAUUUUAACCACAUUUGCUUUAGUUUCGACGAAAUUGUAUCGAUUUCGAAAGUUUUUCAAAAUCGUUUUCGAACCACCGGUGGUGAAUAGCUUUUUGGAAUCAGCACAAACUGCACCGCAUACAAUACAGAAUUAUGCAACUGGACUGAAGGACUUUCUUCGCAUUGUGAAUGAGGCAAUUUUCGAUUUGGAGGCGCAACUUAUCGAACAAGAUCUCACCGAAACACAUACCAUCAUCUAUUUGCACAAUCAACUUUUGUUACACUUUCGCAAGGUUCAUAUAUUGUACGAUAUUCACAUGAAGGUUUAUAUUGAUUUUAAGAUCAACGAAGGUCAUGUUUGUGCCACACAUCUGUUUGCUGGACUUAUUCAUGAGAUGGACACAACAUCAGCUGUUGAACGAUUGAACAUUGCCGCUAGUUUGUUUUUGAUUAGCAUUCGAUUUUAUUUGCACGUCUUCAAUCGCUGGUGGAUUGAAGGACAAUUCAAAGAUUGGUGCAGCGAAUUUUUGAUUCAAAAAUGUAGUAAAAAUCGAUUGCCGUAUUCAUCGUCAAAUAUAUACCAGCGUCGUUCAAUCUCAGCUGGUAUCUCACGUUCCUUGGAUGCGGCAGCUAUUAAAAAUCGCAUCGUUACCUGUGAAAUCGUUAGUUUAUUCUGUGAAGAAUCAUUGGAGGCUGGAUAUAUUCUGAAUAUUUUGUAUAAUUUAAAUAAGUUGUCCGAAAUGAAAGGGCAACAAGUAAAUCAAGAAACACAAGACAUUGAAGAAGUAUUCAUGAACAAUUUUUGGGAGGAGGUUAACAAAUUUCACAUUGAAGAAGGUAAUGAGAGUGAUGGAAUUGACACACAAGGGGAAGAGGUGACGGAACAAAUUGAUUCGGCUGCUUCUAUUUCGAUGACAUUGGACGAGACAGAGGGUAAUAGUUUAUUGUCAACCGAACUACUGGGCGAUAUGGAUGCACUACUUUCGAUGGCCUUUGAACAAUACGCUGCAAACACCACAACACAGCAUGAGAGUGCGGUUGACAUCAAUGAAGAGCCGAAUAAUUGCUACAAAUUGUAUGAAAAAAUAAGCAAAAUCACCGAUUUCCCAAUGCCAUUGAGUGUCAUCAUUCAUGGUUGCCUAAAACAAAUUUUCCGUUCCCGAAUUUCCAUAGCAAAUAAGUAUGUACUACGUAUUUUCCUCGACGAAUACAAGGUCCUCGAUCACCUCAUCAAUUUACAGCGAGUGUUUUUCUUCGGCGCAGGCGAUUUAAUGUUGACUUUUUACUCAAAAUUAUUCAAAAGUAUGAAUGCCGGUGAAGAUUGGAACAAUUCGUAUUUGUUAACGGUGCGAUUGGAUGAUGUGUUAAGUAGUCGCUAUCCCGAAAUCCAUUCGAUGUUUAGUGUACAAAUAACGGCAACCGAUAGUCAUAUCAAAGAGACCUUGAGUGCCAUUGCUGAUAUAACCAUAAAUUAUUUGGUUCGGGAUUCAGUGCGUGAUGUAAUUCAUGAUCGUGCUUUAACCAAAUACAAUGAAAUAUUUCGUUUCUUAUUACAAAUUAAAUGGGCAAUUUGGACGUUGGAGACGAUGAAAUUUCCCGUUGCAUUCAAAAAGCGUCCACCAUAUCAAGAAUUAACGUUAAUCGAUUUGAUAUUUAAGCGAUUGGCAUUGGUACGAAAUUGGAUCAUGUACUCUGUACAAUGCAUUCAUUCACAUUUGAUGACCUUUGUCAUUCAGUCGAUGGGCCAACAAUUGGUUAAACGAAUGGCCAAAGUUGAGUGCAUACGAGAAAUAAUCGAUUUACAUGAUUCUUAUAUCGAUACAAUUUAUCAACAUUGUUUUCGAAAAACGAGUGAUUCCGCUCUUCGGAAGAGUUUAGAACAACUGUUGAAAUUGGUCGUGGUGUUGCGCGAUGAAUGGAAUAACUUGGAAAAUGUGAAUUCACACGGUGAUUUUAUCGAUGGCGAAAAUCAAUUUGAUGUCAGUGCAACUGUCCAACAAGUUGAUAUCAUUGAAGCAACAUACAUCGACUGCCAUUGUCUCAUCGCUGAAGUGCUCACAAGAGUGGUUUACAAGGAAGAACAAACUACAUUGGCAUCACUCUCUGCAGCAUUCAAUUGUAGCUGUCCAUACUAAAGCAGUAAUCAGCAGCACCUCACUAAUUUUAUACUCACUAAAUAUUGAUUAAUUUUUUUGUUGCAAUCGAAUUUUGAUUCUUUCGAUUAUUUCACGUGAUAUAACAGAAUAAAGAUAACUUUGGUAAACGAAA